UGUGGUGAGUCAGGCCACCAUCAUCGCCCGCAGUAUCGUCAACGUCUCCCCGUCUAAUCAGUCUCCAUUAGAAACUCCACCGAAAAAAAAAUAAAAGAGAGCCCGAGCCAAACCCACCCCAAACGUCCAUCCCCCGGAAAAAAAAAUUGACGAACAAACAAUCGCCAUCUCCCCAUCGCCCGGAUGACCUUACAUAACAAAUAAACCCUUCGAAGUGAUUUAAACCCAAGUGUGAGCCGUCGAAUAUGUGAUAGUGUGCGUGUUCCCAGGCCCAAUAAAAGCGAAAAAACCUCGGCGUUGAAGCUAGCCCCCGAAGCUCUUUAAAAAUUAACCCCCCCCCCCCCCGCGAUGUUUCACCACGAGUACGAGAAACGUCUCCUGAAGCCGUGCAACGAGGGCAAACGCGACUCCCAGUCGAGCCCGAUGUCCCCCACAUACUUGUCCCCAACAAAAUCAACGAACAACAGUUACGACCGCUUCAUCCCAACGCGCUCGGGUAACAAUUGGUACACGACAUUCUCCAUGAUCUCGGAGAACAGUCGUAACGGCCUGGUGCCGAAGAAAACCCGGGAGAACGGCGAGGGGAGUCGCGAUGGCAUAGCCUACUCGAGUCUCCUGAAGAACGAGCUGCUGGGAGCUAGUAUUGAGGAUGUCAAGAGCCAGUCCGAGGAGCGGGGAAUAUACUCGGUCCUCCAGGGGAGGAAUUUGUUCAAGUAUGCGACACCCACCAAGGACAGAGCCCUCCUGGACCAGAGCAGCCCGUACUCGCUCUCGCCACUGAGUGCCAAGAGCCAGAAGCUCCUCAGAUCGCCCAGGAAAACCACUCGGAAAAUAUCGAGAAUUCCCUUCAAGGUUCUCGAUGCACCCGAACUCCAGGACGACUUCUACCUCAAUCUGGUGGACUGGUCCUCCCAGAAUGUACUCAGUGUUGGCCUCGGGAGCUGUGUCUACCUGUGGUCAGCGUGCACCAGCCAAGUAACGAGACUCUGUGAUCUGUCUGGGGAUGGCAACUCCGUGACUUCAGUCGCUUGGAAUGAGAGGGGUAACUUGGUGGCUGUGGGGACACAUGUGGGGUACAUACAGGUCUGGGAUGUUGCUGUUAACAAGCAGGUUGCCAAGCUGCAGGGUCACAGUGCCCGAGUGGGAGCACUAGCGUGGAACGGAGAAGUGCUGUCAUCAGGGAGUCGUGAUCGAUUGAUUCUCCAGAGAGACGUGAGAACGCCCUGCAUCGUGGGAGAGAGGAGGCUAGGGGCGCACAGGCAGGAGGUCUGUGGGUUAAAAUGGUCGCCGGACAAUCAGUAUCUAGCCUCCGGGGGUAACGACAAUCGACUGUACGUGUGGAAUCUCCACUCGCUGUCGCCAGUUCAAACUUACACCGAACAUCUGGCUGCUGUGAAGGCCAUCGCCUGGUCGCCUCAUCAUCACGGUCUGCUCGCCUCUGGAGGCGGCACGGCUGAUCGAUGCAUCAGGUUCUGGAAUACACUCACUGGACAGCCCAUGCAGUGCGUCGACACUGGGUCACAAGUUUGUAAUUUAGCUUGGUCUAAACACAGCUCUGAACUCGUCAGCACACAUGGAUAUUCACAGAAUCAAAUUCUCGUGUGGAAAUAUCCGAGCUUGACGCAGGUUGCUAAGCUCACUGGGCAUUCUUAUCGGGUUCUUUAUCUCGCCAUGUCGCCCGAUGGUGAGGCUAUUGUCACUGGGGCUGGGGACGAGACACUCAGGUUUUGGAAUGUUUUCAGCAAAGCCAGGAGUCAGAAGGAGAACAAGUCUGGGCUCAAUCUUUUCACUUCCAUUCGGUGAAUUCUUUCGGGGUUUGUCGGUUUUUUCCGGAGAUUUCUUGGGGAUUUUGACAUUUGGGGGUUGGGGGACGAUAGAAGAGGAGUUAAAUUUGUCAUGUGAUGGGGGAAUGGGAAAUUGGGAUUUUCAUUGGAUCUUCGAAAUUGGGAAAUGGGAUUUAGAGAAUUUUUUGACAUUUCCAUUUUUUUUCUUCCAAUUUUUAUAUGUACAUCAAUUACAUAUGCACCAUUUUCAUCUCAAUUCAACGGGAAUUAGACUAUAAGUCAUUUUAAUUUCUUGAAUUUCUGGAAUUCAAUGAAUAAAAAUCAAUUUUCCAUUCCUCUCAAUCGUCGUUUUCUUUUUUGAGAUUUGUUGGGGCUUGUGGGGGCGAAAUAAAGAGGAGUUAAAUUUGUCAUGUCCUGGGGAGAAUGGGAAAUUGUGAUUUCCAUUGGAUCUUUGAAAUUGGGAAAUGGGAUUUACAGAAUUUUUUGAUAUUUCCAUUUUUUUCUCCAAACUUUUAUAUGUACAUCAAUUACAUAUGCACCAUUUUCAUCUCAAUCCAAGGGGAAUUAAAUUAGAAGUCAUUUUAAUUCCUUGAAUUUCUGAAAUUUAAUGAAUAAAAAUCAAUUUUCCAUUCCUCUCAAUCGUCGUUUUUUUAAGAUUUGUUGGGGCUUGUAGGGACGAAAAAAAUAGGAGUAAAAUUCAUCAAGUCCUGGGGAGAAUAAAAAAUUGCGAUUUUCAUUGGUCCAUUGAAAUUGAAAAAUGAGAUUUGUAAAUUUUUUCGACAUUUUCUUCUUUCCCAACGUUUAUAUGCACAUCAACUACCUAUGCACCAUUUUCAUCUGAAUCCAUAGGGAAUUGAACUAGAAAUCAUUUUAAUUUCGUGAAUUUCUGAAAUUGACCGAAUAAAAAUCAGUUUCCAUUCCCCUCACUCAAUACCAAACGAAAACUUUGAAAUCCCGGAGAAAUUUUCCUGCUGAGCACGGCCUGCUGCAAUAAUUCCACGAAAUUAAAAAAUUAUAAUCACCAACAAUUGAUUUUUCUACAACACUCCACUAAUUUUUAUACUCACAUUAUUUUUUCUGUGGCUGAAGUGCCUACGAUUAAUAAUUCACAGGUUAAGAGGUUUCCACAGGCAUUUUCAUUUCGAUUUUUUUAGUUAUCACCAAUCUAUUCAAGUCAUGUGUACAAAUUCAAGUCGUGAAAAGGAAUAAGAGACAAUGAUUUGCGAGAAGUUUACUAUUUAUAACAAAGAUGAAAUUAUAUUGAUAUAUAUGCAUAUUAUAAUAUAUAAUUAUUAUUUACUAACCAAUUGAGUGGGUGUGUGAGUGAGUGUUGAAAUGAAUCUGUAGAUUUAUUAAAAAUUGGAGCUGGAAAUAGUUAUGAUUUCUUCUCUAUGUGCGAUUCGAGUCUUUACAGCACUCUGAAAAUUUGUU